AUGUCUGACGCUUUGAAGGCUGAAGGCAACAAGGCCUUUGCGGCCAAGGACUACCCUACUGCCAUUGAGAAAUUCACCGAGGCUAUUGCUGUCGACUCCGAGAACCACAUCCUCUACUCUAACCGUUCUGCCGUGUACGCUGCCCAAGCCGAAUACCAAAAAGCCCUUGAGGAUGCCGAGAAGUCCAUCAGCAUCAAGCCGGACUGGUCGAAGGGCCAUCUUCGCAAGGGAGCUGCCUACCGCGGCUUGCAAGAUUGGUUGGCCGCUUAUGAUGCAUACGAGGAGGCACUGAAGCUGGAGCCAGGCAACGCCCAGGCCAAGUCCGGUCUGGAUGCCGUCCAGCGAGCCAUCCAGGCAGAGGCUACGGCUGAUGGUGUCCAGGGUGACCCCAUGGGCGGUCUCGGUGGCAUGUUCAACGACCCCGGCAUGUAUGAGAAGCUAGCGAACAACCCCAAGACCGCGCCUCUGCUUGCCGACCCCGACUUUAUGGCGAAGCUCAAGAAGAUCCAGUCAAACCCCAACAGCGUUGGCGAGGAAAUCCGUGACCCCCGCUUUUUGCAGGUUAUGAGUGUGCUUCUGGGUAUCGAUAUGAGCUUCGGCCAGGAUGGUCCCUCCGGACAGGAUACACCCAUGCCCGAUGCGAAGCCCGCGCCGCCUAAGAAGGAGCCUACCCCCGAGGCCGAACCCGAGGACGAGGAGGCUGUUGCCAAGCGCAAGGCUCAGGAGGCUGGUGAUGCCGAGAAGAAGAUUGGAAACGACUUUUACAAGAAGAAGCAGUUCGACCAGGCUAUCGAGCACUACGAGAAGGCUUGGGAAUUGAACAAGGAUGUCACUUACUUGAACAACGUUGGUGCGGCCAAGUUCGAGAAGGGCGAUUACGAGGGUGCCAUUGAGGUCUGUCAGAAGGCCGUCGACGAGGGACGUGACCUGCGCGCCGACUUCAAGAUCAUUGCCAAAUCCUACGCUCGCAUUGGUAGCGCCUAUGAAAAGAUGGGCGACCUCACCAAGGCCAUCGAGUCCUACAACAAGUCGCUCAUGGAGCACCGCACACCCGACGCCCUGGCCAAGCUGCGCAAUGCGGAGAAGAUCAAGGACAAGGCCGAGAAGGAUGCGUACCUCGACCCCGAAGAAGCCGAGAAGGCUCGUUUGCUCGGCCAGGAGAAGUAUAAGGAAGCCGACUGGCCCGGUGCCGUGGAAGCCUUCACCGAGAUGGUCAAGCGCGCGCCCAACGACCCCCGUGGCUACUCCAACCGUGCCGCAGCCCUCAUCAAGCUUAUGGCCUUCCCCGGUGCCGUGCAAGACUGCGACGAGGCUAUCAAGCGCGAUCCCAAGUUCUUCCGCGCGUACAUGCGCAAGGGCCAGGCUCUGAUCGCGAUGAAGGAGUAUAACCGCGCUUUGGACACCUUCACCGAAGCCGCCGAGCACGACGACGGUACCAAUGCCCGCGAGAUCGAGCAGCAACAGCAGAAGUGCUUGGAUGCACAGUUCAGUGCCCGCGCUGGCGAGACUGAGCAGCAGACUAUGGAGCGCAUCCAGAAUGACCCCGAGAUCAUGUCCGUCCUUCAGGACCCCGUCAUGCAGAGCAUUCUGCAGCAGGCCAAGAGCGACCCGGCUGCGCUGCAGGAGCACAUGAAGAACCCGCAGGUGCGGAUCAAGAUCCAGAAGCUGAUGGCUGCUGGAGUGAUCCGUCUGGGCCGGUAA